AUGACUUUGAAACGGUAUCGAAGGGAAGAGCUCGAAAAGUCCUCUUCGUCUUCAGACGAUGACGAGCCACUGUAUGUCCCCUUGAAGGAACGAAGAAAGGAGAUGUUCCAAAAACUUCAAAAUGCGUCCGACAAGAAAAGAAAGCCAAGCAAAGAAGAACCAAAGAAACCCGAGCCACUUAUGAAAGUCAAAGAGCCAGAAAAAGAAGUCAAGAAACCGGUUGAAGCGCGAGUUCCAGACUGGAACAAGCCAACCUCUGUCGACGAUAGCAGCAUUUCAAUGCCAGCACCCCCUCCCGUUCCAGAGCCAAAGCCAAUGGCCCAAAGAUCACUUUAUGAUGAGCACAAAGCUGCGCGUCUUGAAGAUGUCAAGAAUGAACUGCUUCAUAAUAGUGCAAAGAAGCAAGAAGCUGAAGAAAAGAAGAUUCUUGAGGGCGUGAGGCAAGAACGAGCCUUAGUUUCUGACCAACAGCUUGCUGCUGGAGUCGUUUAUAGUCAACCACUUCAAACAAGUUGGCAGCCGCCAAAGUGGAUGAGAGAUCUAGGGGAUAAAUACGCCAAGGAUGUUCGAAAAAGACUGAAGAUCAUCGUCGAGGGCGAAGGUUGCCCGCCUCCUUGUAAACGAUUCCGCGACAUGAAGCUCCCAGCUUGUCUCAUUUCCGCGCUAAAACGCAAAGGCAUCACCACACCCUCGCCUAUUCAGAUGCAGGGCAUUCCCGCGGCGUUCACGGGACGUGACAUGAUUGGAAUAAGCUUUACCGGCUCGGGAAAGACACUGAGUUUUUCAAUUCCUCUUAUAAUGGCCGCUUUGGAGCAAGAAAUAGAAAUGCCCUUUGUACGGGACGAAGGGCCCUUCUCGCUUGUCAUUUGUCCUUCGCGCGAGCUGGCGAAGCAAACAGGUCACGAACUACAGUACCUCGCUGAUCACUUGGAUGCUGGUGGCUUUCCUUCUUUGAGAGUCGCCGUUGCUAUUGGUGGUACUCCGUUAAAGGAGACUAUUAGCGUUGUGAGGAGGGGAGUGCAUAUUCUUGUAGGAACCCCUGGUCGACUUAUGGAUAUGCUUCAGAAAGGGAUGAUACAUUUGUCAUGCUGCAAACAGCUUGUGCUUGAUGAAGCUGAUAGAAUGGUUGACAUGGGAUUCGAAGAAGACGUUCGUUUCAUUCUUUCUUACUUCAAAGCGCAACGCCAGACGCUUCUUUACUCCGCGACUAUGCCUAUGAAAAUCAAAGACUUCGCUAAGUCAGCUCUAGUACAUCCUUUGACAGUGAAUGUUGGCCGCGCAGGAGCUGCGAAUCUCAAUAUUCGGCAAGAUAUCGAAUAUGUAUUGGACGAAGCUAAGGUCGUUACAGUCCUGCAAAUGCUUCAGAAAACAUCGCCUCCUGUACUGAUAUUUGCUGAGAGAAAACGAGCUGUUGAUAAGGUCCAUGAAUACCUCCUUCUGAAAGGAGUUGAAUGCGCCGCUAUUCAUGGGGGAAAAGAUCAAGAAGAUCGUAUGGAAGCCUGUAGACAAUUCCGUGCCGGGGAGAAAGAUGUUUUAGUUGCCACGGAUAUUGCGUCAAAGGGUCUUGAUUUCCCAGAAAUUGAGCAUGUUAUCAACUAUGACAUGCCAGAAGACAUCGAAAACUACAUUCAUAGAAUCGGAAGAACUGGCCGAGGAAAUCAUCAAGGAGUAGCAACGACUUUUGUCAACUCAAAAUCUUGCGAUAAAUCAAUUCUUCUUGACCUCAGAGGGCUGGUUUUGGAAGCUAAUCAAAGUGUGCCAGUUUUCCUGCAAGAUAUUGAGCCCGACUUGCCUGAACACGAGAUGAAUGAAAAGGGUUGUACUUACUGCGGCGGUCUUGGCCAUCGUAUCACGGAAUGCCCAAAGAUCGAAUCCGUCCAAAGACUGAAAACGAAUGCAAAGAAGGAUUACAUCGCCCAAGGAGCGCAAGAUUACUAA